UAAAUAUCCUAUUGUGUCAACUACGAUCAUAAUGGGGGGCAAGAAAGAAACCAAGGCCGCUUACUUCGACAAGCUCAAGACUCUCCUCGAGGAGUACAAGAGCAUUUUCAUCGUCAGCGUCGACAAUGUCUCUUCCCAGCAGAUGCACGAAAUCCGUAUCUCCCUCCGUGGUGAGGGUGUCGUCCUUAUGGGCAAGAACACCAUGGUCCGCCGCGCCUUGAAGGGUUUCCUCGCCGAUUUCCCUCAGUACGAGCGUCUGCUUCCUCACGUCAAGGGCAACGUCGGCUUCGUCUUCACCAACGGAGACCUCAAGGAGACCCGUGACAAGAUUCUCUCCAACCGUGUUGCCGCCCCUGCUCGUGCUGGUGCCGUCGCCCCCGGUGAUGUGUUCGUCCCGGCCGGAAACACUGGUAUGGAACCCGGAAAAACCUCUUUCUUCCAGGCUCUUGGUGUUCCCACCAAGAUUGCCCGUGGUACCAUUGAAAUUACCACCGACUUGAAGCUUAUCGAAGCUGGCAACAAGGUCGGUGCCUCCGAGGCUACCCUGCUCAACUUGUUGAACAUCUCUCCCUUCACCUACGGUAUGGGUAUUUCCCAGAUCUACGAUCAGGGUCAGACUUUUGCCUCGUCUGUCUUGGACAUUGAGGAAUCUCAGCUCCUCAAAGCGUUCGGCUCGGCCAUCACCACCAUUGCCAGCAUCUCCCUGGCUGUUGGAUACCCCACCCUACCAUCCGUCAUGCACUCCGUCGUCAACUCCUACAAGAACAUCCUUUCGGUUGCCAUCGAAACCGACUACGAGUGGGACGAGAUCAAGGAGCUCAAGGACCGUAUUGCCAACCCUGACGCGUACGCUGCUUCCGCUCCUGCCGCUGCCGCUGGUGGAAGCGGUGACGCCGCCCCUGCUGCCGCUGAGAAGGUGGAGGAAGAGGAGGAGGCCUCUGACGAUGACAUGGGCUUCGGUCUCUUCGACUAA